AGCCUGAGGAAUCUGAAGAUUGUAAUAAAAAACUAAUGAAGUGCUGGAAUGGUCCCAUCGGAUCUGUGUCACAACUGGCGUGCUUUUAAAUCUUCAUGCGAUAAAAUAUACGACGAAUGCCAUGAUCUCAAUGAAACAUGUGUCGAGACAGAAAAUUCACAAUGGAAAGCUGUGUAAAAAGAAGUCUAAACGAUUCAAGUCGUUUUACGAUCACAAAGGAGAUAAAUCUCACUUGAGGGAGCAAACAAGAUGAGAGUAGACAUUCUCCUAACCGAUUCCCUAGAUAACCUCACUUUAGACCUUCUAGACCUUUCCACAUCAAUGUAUCUCACAGAUACCUACGUGAACAAGACUCUCGAACUGAAUGAGACGACAAACGACAUAAUAUAUUCUAACCAGUUCGAAGAUGAUACCUUCAUCGUGUUCCUCGUCAUCCUUAAAUGCAUUAUCAUGGUCUUCAUUAUUCUUGCUGCGAUUUUCGGAAAUUUACUUGUCAUCGUAUCCGUCAUGAGACACAGGAAAUUACGAGUUAUAACAAACUAUUUCGUCGUAUCAUUAGCUUUCGCUGAUAUGCUUGUAGCCAUAUGGGCUAUGUGCUUCAACUUUAGCGUCGAAAUCACGAACGGGGAAUGGCUCUUCGGGUACUUUAUGUGCGACGUAUGGAAUUCACUGGACGUGUAUUUCUCGUCGGCGUCGAUUUUACAUUUAUGCUGCAUCAGUGUUGAUAGAUACUAUGCGAUUGUGCAGCCUUUGGACUAUCCUCUGAUUAUGACUACAGCGAAAUUGGGAAUUAUGUUGGCUGUUGUCUGGUGCAGUCCAGCUUUAGUGUCGUUUUUGCCCAUUUUCAUGGGAUGGUACACAACGAAUGAUCAUUUGGAGUUCAGGAAGAGACAUCCAAAAGUGUGCAGUUUUACUGUUAAUAAAGUGUAUGCAGUUGUAUCGAGUAGUGUCAGUUUCUGGAUUCCUGGUGUUAUUAUGUUGUACAUGUACUAUAGGAUUUACAUGGAAGCUGACCGCCAGGAGAGGAUGUUGUAUAGGAGUAAAGUAGCUGCCCUUCUUCUGGACAAGCAUCUUCAAAUCAAUGGGAUCUCCAUGGGAGAAGCGAUGCGGGAACGGCAAAGUAUACAAAUGCAGCCCAUGGCCAGUAGCAAGAUGAAACGGGAGAGAAAAGCGGCAAGGACGCUAGGCAUCAUCAUGUCUGCCUUCUUGGCGUGCUGGCUACCGUUCUUUUUAUGGUAUAUAAUAACUGCACUCUGCGGCGACGCCUGCCCUUCACCCCCGCCCGUCGUAGCAGGGGUGUUCUGGGUGGGCUAUUUCAACUCAGCGUUGAACCCGCUCAUCUAUGCGUACUUCAACAGGGACUUCAGAGCCGCUUUCCGCAAGACCUUGGACUCUUGCUGCAGGUCUCUGUGUGGCGAUAUCGCUCGCCGCUACUGCUGCCAUCGCCAACGUCGAGAGCAUCAUCAUUCCAAUGCAUCUUCUGAUAUUCAUAUGAACAACUGCAUCAAGUCGACGUCAGCUGAUGUACUUCGGGCUCACCAGGCUUCAAGCUCGAGACCUGAUGAAAUUGCGCUUGAAACGUAA